AUGAGGAGUUCAGUUGUUCUCAUCCUCUGUUUACAAGUUAUUUCAGGUGUAUUUGGUGCUGGUACAGAUGAAGUGAAGUCAGUAUCAGUGAUGGAGGGAGAUUCUGUCACUCUACAGACUGAUGUUACAGAUAUGAAAGAUGUUACAGAUAUGAAAGAUGUUACAGAUAUGCUGAGUGACGAUCACAUACUGUGGAUGUUCGGACUGCAAGGCUUUCUCAUUGUUGAAAUGGAUAGAAAGACCAAUGACAUUGUAUUACAUGAUGGUGCUGAUGGGAGAUUCAGAGAAAGACCCCAGAUGGACAAUCAAACUGGAUCUCUGACCAUCAGAAACAUCAGAUCUGAACACACUGGACUUUAUAAACUACAGACCAUCAGCAGCAGAGAGAUCUCAUACAAGAGAUUCAAUGUUACUGUCUAUGCUUCUCUGCCCAGUCCUGUCAUUUUAAGUUCCAAUCUACAAAUUGAAUCAUCAUCAUCAACCCAGUAUUGUUCACUGGUGUGUUCAUCAGUGUUGAAUGUGAGUCAUGUGACUCUCUCCUGGUACGCAGGAAUCAGUGUAUUGUCCAGCAUCAGUGUGUGUGAUCUCAGCAUCAGUCUCUCUCUACCUCUGGAUGUGGAAUAUCAGGAUAAAAACACUUACAGCUGUGUGAUCAACAAUCCUGUCAGCAACCAGACCACACAUCUGGACAUCACUCAACUCUGUCAGAUGUCUUCAGACCCUGACAACUGUUGUGGUUUCACUGAAGCUGUGAUCCGAUUGGUCAUCUCUGCGGUGGUGGGUGUGGCUACUGUUGCUUUUGUCGUUUAUGACAUCAGAUCUAGAAGAGGACAGCAGAGAACAGACUUGACCAUGAGUCUCUAA